UCGGCUUUCUGCUCCACUCUGCCUCCCGCUCCACGCUACGUUGCUGCCCAAGACUCUCGCUCCUGCCCCAGGACCCCGUGGUGGGCCCUAAAACCCAGCGAGUUCCCAGACAAAAGCCCUGUCAACCCCUACUCCCGGCCCCCAGCCCCGGCAGGUCGCUGCGCCGCCAGGGGGCGCCGUGUGAGCGCCCUAUCCCGGCCACCCGGCGCCCCCUCCCACGGCCCAGGCGGGAGCGGGGCGCCGGGGGCCAUGCGGGGCCAAGGCCGAAAGGAGAGUUUGUCCGAAUCCCGAGAUCUGGACGGCUCCUACGACCAGCUUACGGGCCACCCUCCAGGGCCCACUAAAAAAGCCCUGAAGCAGCGUUUCCUCAAGCUGCUGCCGUGCUGCGGGCCCCAAGCCCUGCCCUCAGUCAGUGAAACAUUAGCUGCCCCAGCCUCCCUCCGCCCCCACAGACCCCGCCCGCUGGACCCAGACAGCGUGGAGGAUGAGUAUGAACUCUCCACCGUGUGUCACCGGCCUGAGGGGCUGGAGCAGCUGCAGGAACAAACCAAGUUCACUCGCAAAGAGUUGCAGGUCCUGUACCGAGGCUUCAAAAACGAAUGCCCCAGCGGCAUCGUCAACGAGGAGAACUUCAAGCAGAUAUACUCUCAGUUCUUUCCCCAAGGAGACUCCAGCACCUAUGCUACUUUCCUCUUCAAUGCCUUUGACACCAACCAUGAUGGCUCUGUCAGUUUUGAGGACUUUGUGGCUGGUUUGUCAGUGAUCCUUCGGGGAACCAUAGACGAUAGACUGAACUGGGCCUUCAAUUUAUAUGACCUCAACAAGGAUGGCUGUAUCACCAAGGAGGAAAUGCUUGACAUCAUGAAGUCUAUCUAUGACAUGAUGGGCAAGUACACAUACCCCGCCCUCCGGGAGGAGGCCCCAAGAGAGCACGUGGAGAGCUUCUUCCAGAAGAUGGACAGAAACAAGGAUGGAGUGGUGACCAUCGAGGAGUUCAUUGAGUCUUGUCAAAAGGACGAGAACAUCAUGAAGUCCAUGCAGCUCUUUGACAAUGUCAUCUAGCCCCCGGGGACAGGGGUUAGUGCAUUCUGGGGGUGACCAUGCUCUAGUCCUAGUUCAGGUGAACCUAACCCUUCUCUCCCAGGUCUCUCCUCAUUCUACCUGUACCCUGGGGGCUGUAGGGAUUCGAGGUCCUGGGGCUUCCGUAGUCCAGAUCCCCCGGAGCUAAGUGGCAGUUGUGGGCAAAGUCCAUCUGGGAGUGGGCGCUCCCCACUCCGGACGGCUCUCAUCCCCUUCUCGCCGGACACCCAGUGCUGAGUACGCUGAGGCCAUCCUGGUGUAGGGACUGAGUGGUUCCUCACCUCCCACCCCCACUCUAGAAACCACAUUAGACUGAAUGUCUCCUGCUAUGGUGCUUCCCCCAUCCCUGAUCCCAUAGAUGCCCCUCUAAGAUUCCUUUUUCAGAGAACAUGUCUGCCCAUGUCCCUGGCUGGCUUUGCAACCUGGCCUUUGAGGGUCCGUAAGAGGGGGGACAAGAAAGUAGAGCCAGUGAUUGGGUCCUAGGAAUUGUUUGGAGUGGAAAACAAAAAGCCUGGGCAGGUUCCGAGAGCCCAAGUGGGACUGCCACUGCCAGGUUCUAUGGGUCUAAUGGCCCCGGAUAGCAGAAUAUAAGUUACCUGACUUCCCAGAAGGCCUUAUGUCCUUAGCAAUGUCCCAGAAAUUUACCAUAAACUUCCAGUGUCUUAGGAGAGUCUGGGAUCCAGAUAUCUGGUUCCUCCCGGAAUCCUCUCUAUCCUUCUUGCUUGUGUGAUGAGAGUGGUGGCCAGGGGAAGAUGAGUGGAAGGUGUCCCGGACCAUGCCUUCAAAGUCCCAUCCUGCCCUCCUGCCUGUCACCUGUUUUGAUGGCUUCGGUUUCAAUUUUCCAUGGCCUCUACAUUUAGAGGUGUGGAAUCAGGGAUUUUCCUGAAUUUGAGUCUUAACCACUCCUCCCAGUGGCUGCCUUAGGGGAAUGGGAGGACAAAGGCAGGCAUAUCUGAACCCAGUAUGGGGGCACUCAUUGGAAUGGUUGCCCAACCCUCCACAAUGCCCUAGGAUGCCCUAGGGUCCCUCUCCCCCUCUUUAAUCUACCCAGAGAUGCUCCUGAGCUCACCUAGAGGGCAGGGACCCUAGGAUCCAGGUUGGAUCUUUUUGUCAGCACCCUGCCAUGAUGCUGCCCCUCUUAAUAUACCGGCUUGUCUCAUUCCUCACCUUCCCAGUCAGCUAGGGUCUGAGGGGAGGGGCCGCACAGAGCCCCCUCCUGUCAGACAUUGCUGACUGCUUUGCAUUUUGGGUUCUUCUACAUAUUUUGUAAAAUAAGACACCAGAUCCAAUAAAACAACGGCU